AUGAGAGACUGCCAGCUUUGCGGAGUCCGGGCGCGGGUUCACUGCGAGCCGGACCAGGCGAGGUUGUGCUGGGACUGCGACGGGAAGGUUCACAGAGCUAACUUUCUAGUGGCGAAGCACCCGAGGAGCCUCCUUUGCCGCGGAUGCCAGUCGCCGACGCCGUGGACAGGGUCGGGUCCCAAGGUCACGCCCACCGUCUCGGUCUGCCAGAUUUGCGUUGAACGCCCCGGUAGCAAUUUCGAGGGACGCGCGGAGGUUCAAGAAAGCGAAGCAGAGAGUGAGGGCGUUGAUGGUGAGGAGGAGGAGGAUGACGGUGAUGAUUGUGACGAGAGUGAUGAGGAUGAGAACCAGGUGGUUCCAUUGUCGUGUUGUUCGUAUUCUGAGGCGGAUCCUCCGCGGACGGCAAGUUGUUCGAGCAGUGAAGAAGAGGAGGAGGAGGAAUUUUCAGUGUCGAAGCGAAUGCGAGAGAAAGCGGAUGAGGGUUCUGGCUUGGGAUGUGAUGAGAUGAAGGCGUUCGGUUCGUUAAGAAUGUUGAAGCGACGGAGACUGGGCGGGGAGAACCGUUUACAGAGUAAGAGAUCAACGGCGAUGGGGAGCUCAAAAUCCAAAGGCUUGCUAAUGGAAACGGAGGCUAUCUACGAAGAUGAUGAUCAUGAUGAGAGCCUUCAACAAGGGCUUUUGAAAAUGCUAAAGGGUGUGAAGGCUUUGCCGAAUUCAUGGACUGAUGAGGAAAAUGAAGACGUUAUGGAGCGGGCACUUGGAGCAAUUAUGCUGACUUUAUCUAAUGAAGUCUUGCAUGAAUGUGGACGACCAAAUUAUGGUAGAGGAAGUCUUAGUUUGGAAGAUGUUAAAGCCGCUUUGAAUUCUAAAGAGCUAAAUAAUAAAGUGUCUGACACACAAGAUGGAGCUUUCGUAGUUCACGGAAGGAAUAAGGAAAGGGGCCAACUUGAAAAGAACACGUGUAGCUAUGGUUAUAAGGAGGGUCAUUGGGAAGUAGAUUGCCCUAAACUCAAGGGCAAAAAGAAGGCCUUUGAUAAGUCUUUUGCUAGUGUUGAGGCAAACAUUGGAAAAAAUCAUUGUUCUGAACUCCUCUAA